AUGACCACCACAGUCAGGGGAUCUUUAGGCCUCAUCCCCAGGAGUGCUGUUUUCCAGAAGCAGGAGGGGCGCCUGACUGUGAAGCAGGAGCAGGGGAGCCAGACCUGGGGACAAGGCUACAGUCUCCAAAAGAACCACCCUCCUGUCUGUGAAAUCUUCCGGCUGCACUUCAGGCAAUUAUGUUACCACGAGAUGUCUGGACCACAAGAGGCACUGAGCCGGCUUAGAGAGCUCUGCCGCUGGUGGCUGAUGCCAGAGGUACACACCAAGGAGCAGAUCCUGGAGCUGCUGGUGCUGGAGCAGUUCCUGAGCAUCCUGCCUGCGGAGCUCCAGACCUGGGUUCAGCUGCAUCACCCUGAGAGUGGCGACGAGGCUGUGGCUGUGGUGGAGGAUUUCCAGAGACAUCUCAGUGGACCAGGAGAGGUUUCAGCCCCAGCGCAGGAACAAGAAAUACAUUUGGAGGAGACAACAGCUCUGGGUGCAACAAAGGAAUAUCCUCCUACCUCACCCCUCCGUGGGGGCUCAGCCGCUGGAGCCCACCUGGAGACUCCACAUGACCCAGGGGCACAGCAACUCCCUAAUGGGCACUUUGCUCAGCUUGCUUCCCCAGUUCCUACCCAUCCCCAAGUGGGGAGCUCAGGAGACCAAGCAGCAGCAACUGUGCUUCGGAUGGACAGGCCCCAGGAGACUGUGGCAUAUGAGGACCUGUCUGUGGGCUAUACUCAGAGGAAGUGGAAGGGUCCGGCACUCAGUCAGAGAGGCCUAUCCCGGAACAUGAUGCCAGAAAAUUACCACAGCGUGGCCUUAUUGGUGGAUGAGAACAGGACGGAGAGCUCAGAGUUGACUCCAAAGCAGGAAAUUUCUAAAGGAUCUGAAUCAUCUGAUACAACAUCAGGGAAACCAGAGGCUGGAGAUGUCUGUGAAGACACUUUAGAGAAACUAGAAGGGAUCUCUUCUUCCUCAGAUGAAGAAGAGAGCAGACUGGAAAGUGAUUUCUUUGUAAUAACAGUCAAGGAUAAGAGAAAAUCCACAAAGGACAGACGUGAGGAAUAUAAGGAAGUAGAGGAAAACACAAAUCUGUCCUUUGGUCCUGCUGAACAUGAAGUAGUUCUAAAGGGACAGAAAUUCUAUCAAUGUGAUGAAUGUGGCAAAUCUUUCAAUCGGAGUUCACACCUCAUUGGCCACCAGAGAAUCCACACGGGAGAGAAACCCUAUGAGUGUAAUGAGUGUGGUAAGACCUUCAGGCAGACCUCUCAGCUAAUUGUUCAUCUCAGAACCCACACAGGAGAAAAACCCUAUGAAUGCAAUGAGUGUGGAAAGACCUAUCGACACAGCUCCCAUCUCAUUCAACACCAGAGACUCCAUAAUGGGGAGAAACCUUAUAAAUGUAAUGAAUGUGGGAAAGCCUUUACUCAGAGUUGCCAACUCAUUGAUCACCAAAGAACCCAUACUGGGGAGAAACCUUAUGAAUGCAGUGAGUGUGGAGAGGCAUUUAUUCGGAAUAAAAGUCUUGUCCGACAUCAGGUUCUUCACACUGGUAAGAAACCUUACAAGUGUGAUGAGUGUGGGAAAGCUUUCUGUUCCAAUAGAAAUCUUAUUGACCAUCAGCGAAUCCACACUGGAGAGAAGCCAUAUGAGUGUAAUGAAUGUGGCAAGGCCUUCAGUCGGAGUAAAUGUCUCAUACGACAUCAGACCCUCCACACUGGGGAAAAGCCAUACAAAUGUACUGAAUGUGGGAAAGCCUUCAAUCAGAUCUCUCAGCUUGUUGACCAUGAGCGAAUUCAUACUGGAGAAAAACCGUUUAAAUGUAGUGAGUGUGGUAAGGCAUUCAGUCUGAGUAAAUGUCUUAUUCGGCAUCAGAGACUUCACACAGGUGAAAAGCCCUAUAAAUGCAAUGAGUGUGGAAAAUCCUUCAAUCAAAACUCACACCUCAUUAUACAUCAGAGAAUUCACACUGGUGAGAAACCCUAUGAAUGUAAUGAGUGUGGAAAGGUCUUCAGUUAUAGCUCCAGCCUUAUGGUACAUCAGAGAACCCAUACUGGGGAAAAACCCUAUAAAUGCAAUGAUUGUGGGAAAGCCUUUAGUGACAGCUCACAGCUUAUAGUGCACCAGAGAGUUCACACUGGUGAGAAACCUUAUGAAUGUAUUGAGUGUGGUAAAGCCUUUAGUCAGCGUUCCACUUUUAAUCACCACCAGCGAAUUCAUGCUGGAGAGAAGCCCUCAGGUCUGGCUCGAUCAGUUUCUUGAGGUAUUGUUCUCUGAGACAGAGAGCAAGGAACUCUGAGUUAAGCUUUCUUUGUAAGAAGGGUGCUCACCCUGGUUUCCUCUUGGAACUGCUUAUCAAAGUGGUCCAUUCCCCAACUGCUUUCCAUUGGGUCACUAAGGUAGGAGAGUGGGAGUAAUUUAGUGCAAUCCUUCUCCACUGUUGGAAAGUAAGGACCACACAUUUUACUUACUUGUAGCUUUCCUUUUUCCUUUAUUUUUUAAUUUUAAUUAUUUGAAAAUGUAUCUCAUUUCUUAGUUAUGUAUCCAACAAUCAUAUCGUGUGCUUGUAAAGGACAGAGAUAAUAUCUUUUUUUUUUUUUUUUUGGUCUUUUUCGUGACC